GAAAUCUUGACGUGUUCGGGUGUUUGGAGUGUAAUAUUGUGCCAAAAAUAUUGAUGGGAAGUUAUUAUUCGUAUGAGUAAACAUUGAAUAAAGCAGCCACAGGCGCGAUAGUAAAGGGAUUUUUUUUUGUUUCAAUUUCACUUUAGUGACGACCUUUGUUGUGCUACUACAUUCAAGAAUUGUUUCCGAAUUAAACGCUGUCCAUAUGCUGUAUUGUUGAUGAAAUUGUGUUUCAAUUAUUUUCGAGUAGUGAACUUAGAAUUUGUAAGAAAAUCCGAAAAGAAAAUCGACAACUUAGUGAAUCCGUUUUUAUCUUAAUUCGUAAAGACAAUUUGUCGCCGCACAACAUAUUAUGGAGUUAUUACGCUGCCAGCAUUAAUUUGGGAGUUAUACGCACAUUUACCAUCAACAAUGGACAAUAUUUUGAAAGAGGAAGACUUCUCUAUCCCACAAGUGGCAUUAUAUGCAAGCAUAUCAUUUCUAGUUGUAUCGCUUCUGGGCAUAUUUAUAUACAUAACAUGCUCGCGCAAGUACAAAUUGAAUUGGUUCGAAAAGAAUCUACUCGAGACAGCAAAUGAACACCAAGAACUAAAUGAAAGUCAAGAAGCGCUGGUCUGUUCAUCCAUUCCCUAUAACAUUGACACCCAUGACACUAUGAGCAUUCAUUCGAUGAAUAAAAGCAUAGGGUCAAAUGACGAUCCUACUUUCUGGGUACCACCGAUCCAGAGACAAACGAGUGAUUGCAACAUACAGUCUGCCGACGAAUCUUUGGUAGAAACUCCGACUUCUCCAACAGGUAGUCAUAAUUCUAUGGCUCUGUCGAUCGGUGGCUCGGUACCGAUUGCUCGUACCGACAAGCAUGUGGUUCUUGCGAUGAGUCCAGCUAGGCCGAAGGUGUCAUCGAUGCAGGCGAAAUUAGAUCAUACCAAAAUAGACACUUCACUCUACGACAAUCAACCACAACCGAGAAAACCAUCGAUACCGGAAAAUGCUAGAGGGGCAAUUCAUCUUACAAUUGGUUAUGAUCCGAAUGCUGGCAUAUUGACUGUGCGAUUAGUUGAAGCACAAGACUUACAACCGAGAGACUUUAGUGGAACAGCCGAUCCUUAUGCAAAGAUUCGCCUACUACCCGAUAAGUCGAACGUAUGGCAGACAAGGAUCCACAAGCGAACACUAAAUCCUGUUUUUGAUGAAGAUUUUGUGUUCGAAGAGCGACCGACUGUCAUUGGUCGCCGGACUAUCGAGAUUCUAUUAUACGAUUUUGAUGCGUAUUCCAGGCAUGUUUGCAUUGGUGGAACUCAAAUUCCGCUAGCACAAUUGGACCUAUCCAAGAAAGUUGUCUUAUGGAAUCCGCUAACGUCAUGCGCAGAACAGGAUGCCAAAAUGGAAUUGGGCGAUCUGAUGGUCUCAAUGUCUUUUCUGCCAUCGGCCGAACGUCUAACCGUGGUUCUAAUCAAAGCCCGAAAUCUGCGAGUGGUCGAUGAUUCGCGAAAUUCAUCGGAUCCGUACGUGAAAGUGUCGUUGUUGCACAAUGGCAAAAAAAUAAAGAAACGAAAAUCGGGCGUCUACCGUAGCACAGUCUGUCCUGUGUUCAAUGAAGCGCUCACUUUUGAUAUUUCCAAGGAUAUUCUGAAGAAUUGCUUAAUCGAGUUUCUAGUUUUACACGACAGCUUAUUGGGUUCGAACGAAGUUCUUGGUCGAGCCAUUGUUGGUAGUACAUCAGAUGUACAGCCAGAACAAAGAGAUUUCUUUGAGGAAAUACUUCGUACAAAAACUGCAACAGCUCAGUGGAUUCCACUGUGUGAUCCAUCUGCACAAUAAGUUCUUAGAAGAUAAUGUAAAGGAAACAUUUAACUUAAAACAAUGGGAUCAUAAGCGGUCACUGUAAAUAUUCAAAUUAUCGAAGACGAAUUGAUUUUACUGAGAGGGAAUUGGGCAAUUUUGUGGCUCAGAUUCUAGAUUCUAAAAGACAGUAUUUCAACUUCCCGUUUUGGAUUCUAAUGAAGUUGUUGAGAGAUUAUCAAAUGUAAAGGCACAAGGUGUUUGGAACAAAGUGGUGCUUAAAAUGUUGCAAGGUUGACUCUUUAUUGAACAGCCUAACGUAGAGUGAGUUAUUGCAAUGGCAAAGGAAAGUUGCAAUACAUUUCUUUAAUAAGACUUCUUUUCUCUAAUUUCAAUUUUAAUCAGUUAUGGCUUACAAUUCUACCCACACAUGAUUUGAUGUGAUAUGAACUUUGCUGAAACGGGCCAUUCCUAAAGGACGUCCGCAAUUCAGUGUUGUCAUACAAAUCUUGAAUCAUUGAUAACUUCAUAAUUAUGAAUUUCUGAGGUGAAAAAUCUACGACCGACCCACCAAAUACCGCCCUCCACUAAAUGGGGAGUAGAGCAUAAAAUUAACUUCCAAAAAUGCUUACUGUUCGAGCUAUAACUGACAACACUGAAUUGAUAUGAAAAUCGUAAACAGGUCGAGUAAAUCAUUCAGGGUUCCAGGUAUAUCUGCCAGUGUUUUGGUUGUACCGAUCUGACUUGAACUGUUUACGAUUUCAGCCUUCAGGUCGAAUCAGGUUCAGAUGAAAGGAUACCUGACCUAUCCCGAGAAGCAUUGUACCCGAGACUGUCUUACCCAUGUGAGUCUGAUUCCCGAUUAAUCGAUUGGUUUUUGGAAAUUGAAAAUAUUUAUUUGAUCGUUAAUUGCAUCUCGUAAAACAAUUAACAAUUGUAAUCAGCUUAGCUAAUAAUUAUUGUUAUACAUACAAAAGUAUCUACGUCCAACGUACCUAAACUCUACAACAAAUCUUAUUAAAAUGAAAAAAGAAAAGAAAAUUAUUAUUAUGAAAUUUGAACAACAAAUAAAAUUUAAAAAAAUGAAAAUUUAACAUUUAUUAUUAUACAAAGAAAAAAGGGAAAAGUCUUAUACAAAGAAAUAUUAGAAAUUAUAUUUACAACCGUGUAGCUAGAGAUGAAAAUUAUAUUUAUUUUAAAUCAUUUUAUAAGCAUACCAA